ACUGGGUUUCCACUAGAUAGCACACCUAUAAAGUCUUAAUUUGCUAGAUCGUAAGAAUUCAUGAAAACGACAUUUUAGAUUUUUGGUCUUAAUUUAAGGUUAGGCAUAAUAUUAGCAGUGUGGUUGGGGUUAGAUUUAAAAUAUCAUUUUAAGACGAGCAAUUGUAGAAAUCGGCGGGGUUUAUGACUUUGUUGCUGUAGUAACUAGUGACCACCAGUAACCUCGGUUCCUACUUUUUUUUUUUUUAAUCCAUGACGGGCCUUCGCGGAUCUAACCGCCUAUCCAUACCCCGUGAUCACCAAAACAACACAACAAAGUGGGGGAAAGAUGGCGAGCGGAGAGGAGGCUAGAUGCCCCUCUGUUUCUUCCGUACUCGAGGACCUGUUCCCUGCCGGAGGAUCAGAGCAAGUAUGCGGUGAUGGGAACCCUGAGCUCGUGCAACUGCGGGAGCGUCUUCAAGGCUGGCUAUCGCAAUAUGAGCCUUUGCUGUUAUGGAUGCAGAGGCUGCUUGUUUGGGAAAGGCCGCUCUACAGCAUCUUUGUUGCUCUCACGCUGAACACCUUGUUCUGGCUUCUGUCGUCGACGUCCCUGCGUCCUCUCUUCCUCCUGAGUCUUUCCAUUCUAGGGCUCAUGCAGCUGGAGAGAUGGAAGCAUAAGUUACCUCUUACAACAGUUCAGUAUCCUGAGGCCAACCCAAUGGAAAGAGAGACCAUGAAUGUGCAACCCCGGCUCCUCAGUAUUCCAGAGCUCAGCCACCACCUGGUGGAGAGCUACCUCUACUGCUGCCUCUUCGUCCAGGAGAUGCUGCAGUACAAAAGGCAGAACCAUGGAAAGUUCUGUGCCAUGAUGUGCUCUGGCUGUUCUGUGCUCGCCGUGGUGGGACACUAUGUACCAGGAAUCAUGAUAUCCUAUAUCAUCGCGCUGAGUGUGUUGGUGUGGCCUCUGGUGGUGUACCACGAGCUUAUCCAACGGAUGUACACAGGCCUGGAGCCCAUUCUGAUGAAACUGGACUACAGCAUGAAGGGAGACACGCAGCACCGCAAGCACGAUAAGAGGAAGGUGAAGAAGGAGGUGGAGGAAGGGGAUGAGCCCAGGGCUGAGACAGAGAGCGAGAGUGAGGAGGAGCUGUCCUGCUUUGCCCCCCUGGUGGAUGCAAAGACCACAGCCCUGGCUAUGGCCAUCACCGACUCGGAGCUGUCUGACGAGGAAGCAUCCAUUUUGGAGAGUGGGGGGUUCUCCGUAUCCAGAGCUACCACCCCACAGCUCACAGACGUCUCUGAAGACCCGGACCAGCAGAGUGUGCACAAUGACCCAGAGGAGGCCUUCUUAAGGGACCGAUCUGAAAUCCCCUCGGUUGACGAGUUUCCCAUCGAGCACAGCCUCCUCCACUUUCCAUUGCGGGGCCCCGGUCAGGGCCAAGGGGACGGGGCUACGGCUGGGGGAAUACGGCCCUCGGAGAGGGGGGAGCCCAUGAGCCCGGCCAGCCUCCUCAUCCAGCACCUGGCCUCCCCACUCCACUUUGUCAACACACACUUCAACGGACGUGGACGGCCACCAGGUGGGGACCAUGGACCACUGCUGGGUGCUGGGACAGCGGAGGAGGUGGUGCAUGGGGGGGAAGUGGAGACCCAGGCCCCGAGGCAGUCACUGGAAGCCCUGAGUGUUGAGAUUGUGAACACGGCAAUCUCCACAGUGGUGCAGAACACUCUGUCGGCCAUGCUACGCUCCACCGAAGACAGCAAGGUCCCCUCAAUCGCAGAUUUCCUGCCCACCGACACGCCCCCCAGUACCCUGGAAAGUCCCCAUGUCGCCGAGGCAGAAAAGGACCAGGAUGCGGUCGCUGUGAAGACCGAGGAGAGGAGUGCUGAGGAGAUGCCGGAUGACAUAUUUGUACCGACCGAGGAUGAGGACUUUGAGCUUCUGGACCAAAGUGAACUGGAGGAGAUGGACGAGGACCUGCUGGGUCUUCUCAGUACUGAUGGACAGGGGAUAGUGGGAGUGGCCUCUCCCACAGAUACACCCCCAUCUCCAACGCACCAACCAGAGUCCUUCUAGCGUUUUCAUCACCGCUCAUAUCCUACUGUUUUGUUUUAUGUAGUAAUACAUUAUACAGAUAUAUAUGUACACUUAUCAAAGUGUCUGUGGUUAGUGGCAGUUGGUUAGUGAUUGAGAUCACUGUGGUUGAUUCUGCCUUCACACUAUCACUGUGGGUGAGUCCCGAAUGGGACCCUUCCUUUUACAGUGCUCUACUUUUUUACCAGGGCCCAUAGGGCUCUGGUCAAAAGUAGUGCACUAUAGCUAGAAUAGGGUGCCAUUUGGGAUGAAACUUGUGUUUCUCGAGGCUUGGGCUUGAUGGCACCUGUGUUUGACAGGGUUGUAUUGCUUUUAACCAAGGGAACAAGCCAUUUGAGUUUUGGGAACUACUAGUAAUGUGUUUGGGUGGCAGGAGGAAGGGUUUGGAGCCUUGUCCCAGAUCUGUUUGUGCUGUAUGUUGUAAUGCUAAAUGCAGUUUGGUAUAUUACAGCACAAUCUGCAAUGGGACCAGGCUAUAGGGACCAGAUCUAUAACCACCCUUCUCAAAGGAAAUUAUUAACAUAUUAUAUGUGGAUGGAUUCUUUGAGAGAAAGAAAAGGUUUUUGUUUUGAUUAUAUUAAUAUAUAUGAUAUAAACUAUUUAUUGCCGUCAUGCGAGAAUUUAAAGUAAUAAAGAUUCUCUAUGGUCAGUAACCCAAGUCGAUUCUACAAUCUGCAUUGGAUUUAGAUCUUCAGCAAAACACGUUUUCAUCAUGUAUGCACAAAUGCGUACAUUUGGAAGUUUCUUUGAAGGCAGUUUAUUAACCAGCAACCCCUCAAGUAAAUUCAGCACUCAAUUGUGAAAUCUCCCAAACAAAACUUAGUACUGCAGUAAUUAGCCAUACACAAAGGACUUAUUUUAACCAUCUAUUAAAAUUACAUUUCAGAUUCACAAUAAUAGGUCUUUGAAACUUGGGGUGUGUUGGACAUCGUACGCACAAAUACAUGUUUGGGAGUUUUAUCGAAGGCAAUUUAAUGACCAGCAGCCCCUCAAGUAAGUUCCACACUCAGCAAAAUUGUGAAAUCUCCCAAACGAUAAUAGAUCUUUAAAUUUUAGGGUGUAUUAUCUUUUUAUCCCCAAACCAGGUGAUGGUAAAUUUCUUUACCCAUAUAAAACAUACUUACUGUGGUAUGCUGACAACCUUUUCAAUUGCUCAUUGUCAACAUCUCAAAGGUCUGUUUUGUUAGUUGUAUUCUGUAAUGUUUGUAAAUUAAUGCAAGUGCUACUUCACCUCCACCAAUUGCUUAAUAUGUGUACAACUUAAAUGUUAUGGGUACUUACCUAGGGCAAAACAUUUGUAACAUUGUGGGAGGCAACCAGUCUGUCUAGACUAGGUACCUUACAUCUAAAGGUUAUUUAUGCUGGUUUUGUCACGGCAAUCCCACAUACAACUGCGAUUUGCUAUGACAAAUUAUUGAAAGUAAUAGGAAUACAUGCAUUGCAUUAUCUCCCCAAAAAGGUAUGUUACCUAGGUCCUAUGUAACAAUGGGUUAUAAAUGUUGCAACCUGAUGAUAGGAAUUCUUAAUUUCAUAAAUUGGUCAUUAGUGGGAAUUCAGCUCGACCCCAAUUUAACUAGGACAGCUUUAUUGCUGCAAGUGUGCCUAUCUGAAUCUCAAGGAGUGGGAGGUACUUUAGUUUGCGCAAUGGAAGAUACCGUUGCAUAUGGAGACUAAUAUGUAGAUGAAACAUUAAUGUGAAGUAGAAAAUGGCGUCCACCAAUGUCUAGCCUAAAGUUCCCCAACCCAAGUUGUCCCUGUGCACUGUAUUGUAAUAUAAACUAACCUUUUUCCUGGCCAAUGCCUUCCAAGCACUUCUGUAAGUUUCCCUCAAAAUGAGAGCAAUUUGGAACAUUGCAUGUGAUUACCAAGCAUUAAAAAUGCAAUUGUCCUCUCCAAACUUGAAGGAAGCAAGACCUUGGACUUUUGGCAAGCAUGCAAUUUGUAUGUUGCAGCUUUUAUUACACCAAUGUCCCUUAAAGAAUUCCGAUAAAACUACGUUGCUAAUGAGGCAAUUUAGUGCGAUUCAUUUAAAAAGUAAUUUAUUUUGCUGUAAUCCCACUGUAACCAACUAUAAGAUUAUAUUAACAAAUUGUGUUAUAGAAAUGUUUGCCUAUGCUUUUACUGCUUCUUAAUCUAUAAAGGCACCUAAGAACUGUAUUGUGAAGAAGGGUAUCUAUUUUCAAAUUUCUCCUGUUUUUCAGAAACUACUCAUCAGUUUGAUCUUUUACAUCUACAAAGGAACACAAACAAGUUCAGAAAAUGCUGAUAAGAUUUAUUGCAAUUACAACAGGUUAAACACUGACAGCAGCUCUUUGUGCAGUGAAAGAAUAAAAUAAACUGAAACCAG